CACUGUUUCAACAAGAGGGGCAGGACGUUUGAGUUGGAGUUUCAUCCUUCAGACACCUCACUUCUCCUCUUAGAGCCCCGCAAGAGCUGUGGGACUGGAGUGGCCUGCGUCUUGUUCUAUUGGGGUCCAGUGCUUCCACCUGCUUCAUUACACGGCAUAGAUCCAGAUGGGUGAUCAGGAGGAGGUGACUUGCUCAUCUGUGAGAAUUCUCCAGUCUGCCUCAGAAUCUCAGAAGAGAUUAAGGCCUGAUGGCACCAGAAGGCCUGGGAAAUCUGCCAAGAAAGAGUUUGCAGUGCCCUGGCAUCGCAUUGCUGUGAGUCUUGGAAUCCUGUUUUUACUUUUCUUGAUGAAGAUCACAAUGUUGGUGACAAUGAUUUAUCAGUUAACUCAAGAAAAACAUCAACAGCAAGAAAUUUCAGCAAAUCUCAGUCAGAGUGAGUACUUGAAGGAGCAACUUCUGGCAAAGAAGACUUUAGAAUGUGAAGUUCUCAGAAAUCGAACCCUUCUACAGCAAAAGACACUGGAGUCAUUCCUUUCAAAAAAGACUAGAUGUUGUACAGAUCCAGGUAAAAGCUAUGACGGCUACUGGUCCUGUCAUGGAGUCAAUUGCUACUAUUUUACAGAGGAAAAGAAAAACUGGCAGGAAUGUAAACAAACUUGCCAGAGGUACAGCUCCUCGCUUUUGAAGAUAGACAAUGAGCAGGAACAGACAUUCAUUACAUCUCACAUUCAUAGUAAUUAUUACUGGAUUGGACUGUUGUAUGACAAAAAGGAGAAAAAAUGGAAAUGGGUUGAUGAUGGUUUCUCACCUGGAAUGAAUUUUUCAUUAAUGUAUUUCCCUGGGAGAGAACAAUGUGCAUUUUUAUCCUCAAUGAGAGUAGACGCUAUUCAUUGUUCUAAAAAUUACAGUUGCAUCUGUGAAAAGAGCAUUGAUUGUAUUCUCCCCACUUCAAGGUGUACUUAGAAGCCCAAUGUGGAAACAGAAUGAACUAUAAAAGCAAGAAACACCAUCUUCUUCCUGAGGACAGAUGCAAAACUUAACUUUGGGAAAGGAAUUGCCCGUUUCUUCACAGCCUCAAGGAAUUAUUCUUUUUGUUUGUUUGUUUUGUUUCUCUGAGUCAUCCAUGAAACCAAUUGGACAAUGCUGGUAUAAAGCCUGGAUCUUUCCCACUUCAAUGGGUUCAACAUGCUGCAUCUUCUGACCUUGACAACACAAAUAAGAAUUAGAAUGUGGUUACCUUUUUACUAUUACAAGUAUUCUUCAUCUUUAACAAUGAAAGUUAAAUUUAAAUUUAUUGAACACUGAAAAGAGUAGUGCAGGGAAUUCCUGCACAACUUUUACCCGCGGUUGCCAAUUGUUUUUAUUUUGCCCUACCUGCUCUAUUCUCUUUCUCAUGUCCGUGUUUGGUGAUCCAACUUAUAAUAAAUUGAAGACAUGAUAUUCCUUUGUGUAGAUAUUUUCCAAGAAAAUGUUUUUUCCUGUAUAACCAAAAUACAAUUAUCAAAAUCAGAAAAAUUAGCAUUGAUACAGCAUUAUGAUGUAAUACAUAAACCAUGUUCAAAUUUUUGUGCAUUUACCUGAUACAUGCUAUUUU